CGCGUAUCCGGCGACGACCAUCCGUCGGCCGCCAUGCUGCCAGCGGAUGACGCCAAGGCGGAGGAGGCGCGACGCCUCGCCGAGAAGAAGCGCGACGCGUACUUCGCCGAGCUCGAGAAGGAGUCGUCCACCGCCAAGGGGAAGAGAUCGAAGAAGGGCGCGGCGAAGGACCCGGCGGCCAAGCCCGCGGCCAAGCCGCUCGGGGGAACCAAGAUGGCGUUCCCGGUGGGUCUGAAGAAGACGUCCACCAUAGCGAUGAAGGGCGUCGCCGCACCGGUGGCGGUGGAGAAGAAGGGAACGGGCGCGACCGUCGCCGGGGAUCUCACCACGAUCACCGGCAUCCCACCGCCGCCCGAGGAGGACCCACCCGAGGAGGACGACGAAGACGGCGGCACCGACACGUACGUCAGGUUCACGGUUCCGAGCGGAUGCGGCGGCGAGGACGGCGCGACGCACGUCCGCGUGCAAGUCCCCGCCGGUCCCGCGGGCGGCGCCGGGCCCGUCGUGGAGGUGGAGCUGCCGCCGGGUGUCGGCGAAGGCGACGCCGUCGAGGCGGUGAUCCCGGCGUGGGGCGCGAGCGACGUGCCGCCGCCGCCGCCGCCGAGGACGAUGGGGAGCGCGGGGGUGAGCGAGGGGGUGGCGCCGCCGCCGCCGCCGAGGGGGAUCCCGCCGCCGCCUCCCGUGAUGGCCGGAGGCGGGUACCCUCCGCCGCCGAUGAUGGGGACCGGGAUGAUGGGGAUGGGACAGACGGUCGGUCGGCCGGGUCCUCCUCAUCCGCACAUGGGCGUCGGGAUGGGAGCUCCUCCGAUGAUGCCGAUGGGGGGCGUGAUGCCGAUGGGGGUACGUCAGCCGCCGCCGCCGCCGCCGCCGGGACGGACGGGAACGCCGCCCGUCUCGGGCGUUCCGCCACCGCCGCCGCCGCCGCCCCAGGUGUGAUCGAUAGACGUAGCGAUUCAAAGAGGAUCUUAGAGGAUGACGAAAGAGACAUCGAGGCGCGCGAUGAUGUGGGGUUCGAGCGUUUUGUUUCGUAUUUC